AUGUCAACCAUUCCGACCUCGGCCCUGCAAUCGGGGUCUCCACCCAUCAUCCCGCUGCCGUUCAAUGCCAAACAGCCCGAGAAGGUUACGCUGUAUCCGUUAUCCAACUACACAUUUGGUGUCAAGGAGACCCAGCCAGAGGAGGAUCCGUCUGUAAUCGCCCGUCUGAAGCGCCUGGAAGAACAUUUCAGUGAACAUGGCAUGCGCCGCACCUGUGAAGGCAUCCUGGUGUGCCACGAGCACAACCACCCCCAUAUCCUGAUGCUGCAGAUCGCAAACGCGUUCUUCAAGCUCCCUGGAGACUACCUGCGGCCAGAAGACGACGAGGUGGAAGGGUUCAAAGCUCGGCUGGACGAAAGGCUUGCGCCGGUGGGCCGAUUGGGCGAAGGUGAGGAGGCCGGUGACUGGGAGGUUGGUGAGUGUCUCGCGCAGUUUUGGAGACCAAACUUCGAGACUUUCAUGUAUCCCUUUAUCCCUGCGCACGUUACACGGCCCAAGGAGUGCAAGAAGUUUUAUUUUAUUCAGCUGCCCAAGAGUAAAGUGCUCAGCGUGCCCAAAAACAUGAAGCUCCUUGCCGUCCCGUUAUUCGAGCUCUACGACAACACCGCUAGAUAUGGGCCUCAGCUGUCUGCCAUCCCUCACCUCCUCAGCCGAUACAACUUUGAGUUCGUCGAUGAGAAUGGAGAUGUUGUUGCCGCAACCCCUGGCUCAGGUGCCCCUGAUGGAUAUGUGCCCAAACCCAAGGUCUUGGCGGGGGAUGAUACGGAUAUGGUUGAGGAGAAUGGGACGCAUUAA